AUGACCGAUAAAUUUCCCCGUUGCUAUGAUGUGGAAGAGGCCGGGGAGCGCUUGAUGUGGAUCACGUCAUCGCGCGCUUCAAUCGCGCCGAAGCUGACGCUGGGUACAUUCUUGGAGGUUAGUGUUGAUGGAACCGAACUUUGGGGACCGGCACUUACCGUUCAACAGGAUACAGCAAUCGCCUCGCGAGUCGCCGUUCGUCCUGCGCAGAACGGGCGCGUCAGAGUCGCUGUCGACCUUCUCAACGACGCCGAACUCAUCUUGGAGGUCAGUGGUGUUGUAGUCGAUGCGGACCUUCCGCCUGUGACCAAGAGACAGCACGAGAACAGAGCGCGCUUCUUGCGGCAGGGACUGAACCUAGCUGGCUUCCACCAGAAACCGUUCGAUGCCGCUAUCAAGGCUAUUGAGCGCAUCCGUCUCUUCUUCGAUCGAUCCGUCGGAGGCGGCGUACAGGCUGCAGACCACAUCACUACGAACGUCGGCCCGGGGAUCUCCGGAAGCAGCCGCUACUUCUCGCACAAGAACGACGUCGACUCCAAAGACGUCGUGCCUUUCGAUACUGAAGUCGACCCCAAGGGGUACCUCGCCGCGCUCGCGUCUUCGACUUUUCUGCACACCAAAGACAACGUCGUUAGUUAUGUCCAGUAUGAAACUGACCCGUUAACCGGUACGGGAACGUACAAGGCAUGCUCCCCAGCGGCUAUAAAAGCCGGUGACAUCGUGACUUGCAAGUUGGCGUUCAUGUUGGUGCCGAUGCCGAAGAAGAGCAAUGUCGGCUGGAAGAUGCUCAACGUCCUGAAGGCCGUUUGUGUCAUGGACAACACAGUCACUGAGGAGGCCAACACGACCGCGGUUCUGGAAGAUCUUCAAAUCGAACCGGAGCAUGUGGAGGCGUCGCUGAAGCGUGGUAGUGUGAGCUUUGAGGGUACGCUUGCUGCGCCGCCAAAGAGAAGUCGCCGUAUGUCUAUUGACGAGGGGAACGAGAGUGCGGAUCCAUCUCAGGCGUUCACCACGCACUCGGCACUCCCCGGCGACUUUGUGGCGAACCUCGACUUUGUGGCGGACUUCUCUUAG